GUGUAACUGCCCUCUUCACCGUUCCUCUCUUUUGCGUUCCCCAUACAGACAAACAUUUCGUUUUCAUUUUCCGAUUACUCGUUUUCUGAUGACCGGCGGCGAGAACCGGCACCGGAAGGAGAACUGAAAAAGGGCCCUCUCCUCUUGUCUCCUCUACGGCAGGCAUGUCAGAGAACAACGACCAUGCGUUGCAGACGUUCCGAGCCCUGGUGGAGAGCGCGGACCACAAGUUCGCUAGGGUUCGGGACGUGCCUGCAUACGGUCGCGUGAGCCAGAACCACUUCUUCCACAAGGUUUUCAAGGCCUACACACGCCUAUGGAAGUACCAGCAGGAAAACCGCGCGAAGCUGGUGCAGUGCGGUCUCAAGCGCUGGGAAAUCGGCGAGAUCGCGAGCCGAAUCGGCCAGCUCUACUUCGGGCAGUACAUGAGGACCAGCGAGUGCAGGUUCCUGGUCGAGGCCUACGUCUUCUACGAGGCCAUACUCAGCAGAAGGUACUUCGAAGGAUCCGAAGCUUCCACGAAAGAUCUGGGAGUUCGGUCCAAGGAGUUGCGGUUCUAUGCGCGGUUUUUGUUGGUUUCGGUGAUUCUGAACCGGGCCGAUAUGGUCAAGCAUCUCAUGGACCGGUUCGUCGCUUUGGUUGAUGAUUGCAAGAGUAACUUCCGGGAAACUAACUUUAAAGAAUGGAAACAAGUGGUGCAAGAAAUUGUCCGUUUCACAAAAGUAGAUAAGGGUUUUAGUGUCAGGCCUAUGCGAUAUUGUGCCACAUUUGAUACUCAUCGGGCUUCUCUUCCUUAUGUGGCUCGUUUUCAUGCUAAGAGGGUUUUAAAAUUUCAAGAUGCACUGUUAACAAGCUAUCAUCGAAAUGAGGUCAAAUUUGCGGAGCUUACAUUGGAUACCUAUAGAAUGAUACAGUGUUUGGAAUGGGAACCUAGUGGAUUAUUCUACCAAAAGCAUAUAGUUAAACCUAUUGAGAAUGGCGACUCGAUUGAUCAUUCAGGAGCUUCUGGGAUAAUAGACAUGAAUCUUGCUGCAGAUAUGACUGAUCCAACUGCACCUCCUAAUCCUAGAAAGGCUAACUUGUAUCGUCCAUCUGUGACACAUUUGAUAGCAGUUAUGGCAACAAUUUGUGAGGAGCUACCUCCAGACAGUGUUGUGCUAGUAUAUCUUUCAGCCUCAGGAAAGGCUGGUCUUAAUAAUGUCUCUCAGAUGGAAAAUUCUGGAGGGUCAUCCAAAUUUUCAAGACAUAAAGUCCUUUCUCAGACUUCUCAAGAACAAAAUUCAGGAAUUUCUGAAUCUCAAAAUAAUGGCAAGAGAGAAUUGAGCUGUUAUGACAAUUACCUGUGGUUUGGUCCCAAGGGAAAUGGUGGUUCAAACAACCUCUACCCUGGCGAUCUUAUUCCAUUCACUCGGAAACAUCUUUUCUUAAUUAUUGAUAGCGAUAACAGCCAUGCAUUCAAGGUUUUGCAUGGUGCUGAAAGGGGAGAGACGCCUGCUCUAUUUCUUUCACCUUUAAGGCCGAUUUUCAAGAACCCAUCUGAUAUAAAUUUACAUAACGGAAGCCAAUUUACCUUUUUCUUGACUGCUCCAUUGUCAGCAUUUUGCCAAAUGAUUGGUCUCUUCCCCAACGAAGCUGAUACAGAUCUCUACAAUGAAGCUGAGAACAUAAUCGCUAAUGCUUUCACUGAGUGGGAAAUAAUUCUUUGCUCAUCAACCGUCAUGGAUUUAGUAUGGGCACAAGUUAUAACUGAUCCAUUUUUAAGGCGACUUAUUCUAAGAUUCAUAUUCUGCCGAUCAGUGAUAUCUUUUUUCUGCCCACCUGAGGAAAGUGAACGGUAUCUGCCGCUAUGCUUACCCCAUCUACCCACUUCUGUUGCACCAAAGUCCGAAGCUGUGCGUUCUGCUGUUGUGCAACUGGCCAUGCACUUUGACGUUGCUGACUGCUUUCACUUUACUGAUACAUAACAUUGAGACUUAAAAUGUGACAUGUAUAGUGUUAGGUUAAAAUGCAGGCUUUGGAAGCUAAGGAUUCUCGGAUCAAAGGGAUAUGAGACAGAAGUAUGGGUUGACCUUUUGGGCGCCAUGACAAGAGUAUGAGUGGUAGUGGGGCUUGGGCCGUUGGGGUGGAGUACCAAAUUGUUGAAGAUGGUUGCCUAUGCUUGUUCUGUUGCUUAAUUCGACUUCAGGCUUCAUUCUUCCAUAUGCUGUAUUUGGUGGUUUGCUCUUUACUGUUAAGGUUAGGUCAUGGUGGGUGCCUGAUGAUGACUUUUCAUGUGCUUGGGCCUGGAAAGAUAGUUGUUAGUUUUGAAGUUAGUUGUAUUUGUUUAUACUUCAUAGCUUUGAAAAAGAAAAAAACUGAAAGUAAUUAUUAUUUUUUACCCUUUUUGAGCAGAAUGGACAGUAUCGAAAUAAAUUGAUUGAGGAGGUUGUAUACUGGGAAGAAGG